AUGCCAGAAUUUUCCACAAUUACAGUUUCAAAAGUUGAUAAUGACCAUUUGCAAAGGAGACGGACAUUAAGUGAAAUGUACAAUAACAAAGAAAUUAAUUAUGAGGAUAGUGAAUUUGAUAUUGAACCAGGAAAAACUAUUAAAUGGUCAAUAGAGUAUAAUAGUAAUAAUCGACAUAUCAAUAUAAAAAUUCAAAAAAAAAUUGAUUCUUCUUCUAGUACGAAGAUUAUAUAUCUGCAAGGUUUUUAA